GCGCUUCAAGCUCUCGCACACGGCGCCCGUGGACCCGCCCAUGGAGACGGCCGCUUCCCUGGACUCCGCAUUCCUUACGCGAAGCGAGAUCGGCAUUGCACGGGAUGUGCUUGAGUUCUGUCUCAGUGAGUGCAACUUCGCCAUCAGCCACACGCAGGCGGAGCAAGCGAUCGGCAAAACGAUCGAGCCGGACCUUUGGUGCACGAAGCUGAUCCGGGCACUGCAGGACUUCGACGGAAUGCGCGAUGCAGGAGUCGCGAAGCUGACGCUGACGGCCUUCUUGCGGAAGAUGUGCCCUCGCGCUGCUCCACGACACCUGCGGAUGUUUCAGAGCUGGCUCAAGGAGCUGGACCAGAUUGAAGACCUCAAGGAUGCCUUACAGCAGAGCCAGGGCGUCCUCGACGGAUUCGUGUCCUACUUGUCCCUCCCAGUUCUUCCUGCCAAACUCCGUCAGGCCUUGGCGGAAGACUUCGACUAUGCCAGUGGGAACAGGACCCCGGAGCUACUCCACGAAAAGGUGCAGAUGCAGCUUCAUGGGGUUCGAACGGGAAGCAUGACGGCCAAUAUCUUGGCAGGCGGCAUCGACAAGGACAGCUACAUCGCUGCCAUGUGCCCCUUCGACUUUCGCCUCAACGAGGGCCAUCCGGUGGUCAACGACGUGGUCAGCUCGCUCCUGAAGCGUGAGGUCUUCCGGCAAGAGGAGGUCAUCAACCAGAAGGAGAAGUCCUUCGCUCCCCGUGCUGCAUCGACAGUGGCGAGCAGUCAGCGACGGUUUCUGAAGCAGAAGGUGCCAGAAGAGACCUGGAAUCUUUGGAACGGAGCUUUCGACCAGCUCGACGCGGAUG